UUUUCUCCCUGCCUCGCUUGCUCUGCCGGCCUCAUAUCCAAUCCCAUUCCUCAAUUUUUGUGCCAUCCCGUCCACAUCUCUUGAUCCAUCCGAUCUCAUUACCGUCUUUCUUCUUUCGUCCGCCCCUGUACACUACCAGAGCACUACUUCUUCGCAGUUGGGUUUCUUCCAUUCUUGCAGCGAGUUUUGUACAGACACCUUCAUCUCGAGAGCAGAGCUCGACUGCCAAAACGCACCCACACACCACCGGCGGCGGCGACAUCCCAAUUGUGCCAGGUCCCGAUCCAUCACACCCGUCAUCCAGCUAGUUACUGAUCGACGCCAAAAUUUCCACAUCUCGCCAUCUCCCGCGUCGAUCCCUCUGCGGACUUCUAUCACUUCCGUCCACCACCAUUUUUGUCACUUGGGAGGUCGUCACUUCGAGGCUGGCAAACGAGUCGAUACCAGCUUCCGAGUCAAUACAUUCACAGCUUCCAUAGCACCUCACCAUCCGUCCUUUCUUCCUCGUCGCAUCACUAAAACCUUUAGAGUCGAUUCUAGCACAAACGGCAGGAUGGGGUGCGGUGCAAGCAAGGAAGAUUCAGCCGGAAAGGCAAGAAAUGAUGAGAUUGAGAACCAGCUGAAGAGAGAUAAGAUGGCCCAGCGCAACGAGAUCAAGAUGCUUUUGCUCGGCGCUGGAGAAUCUGGAAAAUCCACCAUCCUGAAGCAAAUGAAGCUCAUUCAUGAGGGAGGAUAUUCGCGCGACGAGCGCGAAUCGUUCAAGGAAAUCAUCUACUCCAAUACGGUCCAGUCGAUGCGGGUUAUACUAGAGGCUAUGGAGUCUCUCGAGCUUCCGCUUGACGAUCAACGCGCCGAGUACCAUGUCCAGACGAUUUUCAUGCAACCACCACAAAUAGAGGGAGAAAGCCUUCCUCCUGAGGUUGGAGCUGCCAUCAAAGCGCUGUGGCAGGAUGCUGGUGUUCAAGAAUGUUUCAAACGGUCACGAGAAUACCAGCUGAACGAUUCUGCAAGAUACUAUUUCGAUUCCAUCGACCGCAUUGCUGCGCACGAUUACCUUCCCAACGACCAAGAUGUCCUCCGAUCGCGAGUCAAGACUACCGGUAUCACGGAGACGACUUUCAUUAUUCAAGACCUUACGUAUCGUAUGUUUGAUGUUGGUGGCCAAAGAUCCGAGCGAAAGAAGUGGAUUCAUUGCUUCGAAAAUGUCACAACAAUUCUGUUCUUGGUCGCCAUCUCCGAAUACGAUCAACUGCUCUUCGAAGACGAGACUGUCAACCGAAUGCAAGAAGCUCUUACACUUUUCGACAGCAUCUGCAACUCGAGAUGGUUCAUCAAGACCAGCAUUAUCCUGUUCUUGAACAAGAUUGACAGGUUCAAGGAGAAGCUCCCUGUGAGCCCAAUGCAGAACUAUUUCCCCGACUACGAAGGUGGCCCUGAUUAUGCCGCAGCAUGCGACUACAUUCUGAACAGAUUCGUGUCUCUCAAUCAGGCCGAAACAAAGCAAAUCUACACUCACUUCACCUGCGCCACCGAUACCACCCAGAUACGGUUCGUCAUGGGUGCCGUCAAUGACAUUAUCAUCCAGGAAAACCUCCGAAUGUGUGGUCUGAUAUGAUGACUGUCACGACAGCUUUGGCGUUUCUUUUUUCCGAGCCCUCGAUUGAUCCACGACUGCAUAUACCACCGGCGUUUAGGGGUACCUUUAUUCUCUUCCAAAUUCAGUUUUAGGAAAGCGUCGUCAUUUUUGGCGCAAUCAACUAGUGACUCUGCCUCGGGUCUGUGUCGCCAACGACAAUCUCCAGAGUCUAGAUUCCUCCUCCCCUACCACGAUUGAUUCUUGGAGGUGGGGUGAGUUUUGGGCCUGUGGUUCAUCACAGUUCUCAACUGUCCUGUCGACAAUGAGAUUCUGUACCCGGCACCUCAUUCCUGUUUCUCGUACGAAUCAUGUGCUGUCAACAGGCAGCGAGGCCAUGUAUAUUUUUUUUUCUUCAUGCUUGAAUGCUUGAACUCGAAAAGGAAGGAGCUUGUUCACAGAUGCUACGGUUUGGGCUAUGAAAAGGGGCCGCCUUGAGUUAGAAUUCCACAGCGAACAAAAUUCAGCCGUUGUAUAUCACCACCUUUUGAUUGAAGGCGUGCGUGCGUGGUGGAACUCUAGCAGCUUGCACCGUGACUAGUCGCUGCCAGUCGUAGAGACAAAAAACGAUAUCAACAUCUCUGGCAUAUUCACUCACACGCCAACC